CGUCGAGCAGUUAGCAUCGAUCUUUACGGAGGUCUCGUAUCCACGCGUCACUGUACAAUACUCGCGUAAACGAAAAAAAUAAAAACAAAAUAAACAGCAAGCACCGGAAGAACACAGAAAGGUAGCAUGAACAUCAAGCUGAUCGUGAUCUGUACAAUCAUCGCCUUGUUCGCGUUCGUCGACGUCGAGGCCGCUAAAUCAGGUAGAGGGCGAAGCGGAAGUUCCGGUGGAUGGGGUUCAUGGUCGAGUCGUUCAAGGACGACACCGAGACCACGUACGUCCCAUACUUCACACGGCUCACCCCACCAACAGAAUCAAGGUGGAUCUAGUCCCGAUAAAAUAGGAUGGAACGUGCCGGACAAGAAACCUGCUACCGGUACCAAUACCGCAGUUAAGCCGUCCGCUCCUGUGAACGAACAAGCUGCGAAAGCCAGCGCUACGAAUGUCCAGUCCGGGUACACUCCGUCAGGUGGAUACCCCCGUCAACCAGCCAACAACCCUUACAAUACAAACACACAAUCUAAUGGCCCUUAUAAUCCAUCGGUGGGACAAACAUACAAUCAUCCACCAGUGAGUCAAGGUUACAAUCCGUCGGUUGGCCACGGAUACAAUCCACCACCAGGCCAAGGUUAUUACAAUCCUUCUGUCGGAGGGCACGCGCCUUAUGGAGGGCAACCAUCAUACGGCAAUCCGUCUUACGGCGGACAGAGUCCUGGAUUUGGACAGCCGUCUUAUGGAUCUUCGUUCGGACAGUCGUUCAGUCCAUCCAUGGGACAGGUCCCUCAACAAACGGUACUCCUUCAGCAGUCAUCAAGACCUGGCAUUGGACAGCUGGCCAAGGAAGCGUUCGUUUUUGCCGGUGUCAGCGCUGGCGUGAACGCGGCAGUGAACAGGAUAAUACCUGGAGGAAUUUAUGGCACCAGAGGAACUAGCGGCACCUCGGAGGCUGGUGGUCCACAUACACAAAUUACUUAUAACAAUUACUAUAACAAUGGAACCGCACCGGCUCCAGGCUCUGAACCAGCUGCAGCUGUUCCUGCUGCUGGUCCAGCUGCAGCAGCUCAACCGGCAGCUCCACCAGCAGCUCAACCAGCGGCUCAACCAGCAGCUCAACCUGCCGCUGAGACACCACAAACAUCUCAAAAUAAUGCGGGUACCAACAACGCUCCAGCUAAUAAUAUGAACCCUCAGGAUGCUCCCCAGAACAAUCCCAAUCCUCUAGGAUUCGUCACGUCCAACGAUGACAUCAAGAAGUUAACAGAAAUCUUAUAUGAGAAGGAAAAGGACAAUAAUGCUUUUAAGUAUAUAACCAUGAAUUUACAAGGUCAGAAGAAGGAUGAAACCAGAACUUAUAACGAUGUUCAUGUCUAUUCAUAUUUCAGCCUACUGAAUGUUAAACCUGAAGCCUACGACCUUCCAACUGUUAAAGCCGUAUUAGCUCUGCACGACAACUACGAGCUGGAUGUUAAAACGAAAGAAACAAUUUCUCCUGAGGAACGCCGAGAGGAAACGGAACUCGUUGACAAGAUUCUCGACACCGACUUGGUCAAGUCCACCAUGAAGUUCUUAGCUGAGAAGGGAUACAUUCAAGAUGACGAAUACGAAUUUAAAGACACUCUGAAACGUAUGUGGUUCUCUCUGUUCAAACGAACCGAUAGAGAGGCAUCCAGCUCUGGCUUCGAAACGGUAUUCCUAGCUGAACAAUUCGACUCGGACAUAAUUGGCUUACACAAUUGGAUUUACUAUGCUAAGCAAGAAGCGGAGAAGAAAAUCAAUUAUCUUGGAUACAUCAAGGAAGCCAAACUCGGCGACAAGGGAGCAGUUCUCAAAGUACGAUCAUCAUUGAAUGGAAUAGUACAACCAGUCAGCACAGUAUUUGUUGGCACAUCACCAGAAUUGGAGUUUGCUCUGUAUACAAUGUGCUUCUUCACUCGACCUAACAAUGCCUGUCCAGUCUCACUUGGAGGAACAGAAUUCAUGAUUUUCGUGAGCAGGGUCAACUACUUCGGAAAGGAUAUCUUGAUCUCUGCGUACCCUGAUGUUUAACUUAGUUGACCAAAAU